GGCUAUAACGUAAACUACGUGCGUGGUGCGGAAGUUUGCCCUCAUCACUUGGUUGCACCGAUUGAAAUAUGGAGGCAGCUCUGGAGCAGCACCUAGAGGACACAAUGAAACAUCCAUCAGUUGUUGGAAUUUUGUGCACGGAUUCACAAGGACUAAAUUUGGGGUGCAGAGGGAGCCUAUCAGAUGAGCAUGCUGGUGUGAUCUCCAUUCUUCCUCAGCAGGCAGCAAAACUUACUUUGGACCCCACAGAUGUGCCGGUUGUAUGUUUGGAAUCGGACAGCGGAACCAUCAUGAUUCAAAAACAUGACCACUUGACUGUUGCAGUUCACAAAAUGUCAUCUUAACGGCUUUGAGGAACAGAAGAGAAGUUUUAAUACUUGUUUUAUUUCAUAUUUUUUGUAACGGCCCAUUUUGGUGAACUGGAUUUUGUGCAAUUGAGUUUCAAUGUCACUGUCAUGUUGCUGUUGGAAACACAUCCUUUAUCAAAGGAGAGAAGCGUUGCUUCACACAUUAUGGAUUUAACAUUAGAAGUGGUAAAUUAAUCUGGUAUACAUAUAUUUUCCAUAAGUACUCAUGACUCCUUUUACAAGGCUUGUGAUUUACACAAUAAACGAACUUACUGAAAAUGUCA